AUGCCUCCAGAUGGAUCAACCUUCACGGCUCUAAACCUCCCACCGACAUUCGAACUACCUCAAUGCAUGGAAUACUUCACACUCCGAGCGGGUCCGAACACAGAUCUAUGGCGCAAACCACCUAACGGCGAAACCUCCACAGCGCCGAUCGUCUUCACAUCCCUCCGCCACCCAUUCGUCGUAGCGGAAGUAACCGUGAGCGCAGACUGGGAAAUGGAAUGGGACCAAGGCGGCCUAGUGAUAUUCGCCGGCGCAGCACCACAAUCCUUCUCCUCGGAAGUCGACGGACCACCCUUCCGCACCGCCCCACGCUCCCCCUGCAAAUGGGUGAAAGCCGGAAUGGAAUUUUCGUCGGGCACCGUGAAUGCGUCGUCCGUGAGCGCCACGGCCGAUGGCGCGGACUGGUGUUUGUCGCCGUUAGCGCAGUCGGCUCAGACCGGAUUGGGGAUCCACUCGCUACGCAUCAAACUCGAGCGUGUCGGGCAUGCGCUGUGGAUUUGGUACCAGGUGCCCUCGGUGUCGCCGUUCGCUCUCUCGCCUGGUGCGGUGGGGAAUACCUGGAAGAAGUUGCGUGAGGUGACUUGGUUCUUUUAUGGGGUUGAGGAUAAGUUUGUUCAUGUUGGGGUUUAUGCGAGUCGGCCGAUGGGUAUGUCCCGGGGGGAACUAUGUGGGAUGCUAUGCAUGGGAUGA